GGUCUGAGUUGAGCAAGUGUUUGCUCCUGGGGAGACCGGGAAUUGUUUGGCACUUUCCAAGCCGGGUGCCGUCCCUGCUCGCAGCGCGGGGCUGCUCUACGCCCGAACCCCCCCAUCGCCGUCCCCAUGGGGGAUGACAUCGACUGGCUGGACCUGCCGGGCAGGUGGACCUACGGCGUCUGCGGGGACGGGCGCAUCUUCUUCAUCAACGAUGAGACCAAGUCCACAAGCUGGGUGCACCCGGGCACAGGCUACUCCAUCCAGAGCGGGCACUUCUCCUGCGCCGGGCUGCCCCGAGGCUGGGAGGUGGACACCACACUGCACGGGGGCUUCUACUUCAUCAACCACAAUGAAAGGCGGAACACAUUCCUGCACCCAGUGACGGGACAGGUCCCCGAGGACAACUCAAGACUUGACUUGCAAAAACCGACCUUGGACAUGUCAAGCAAAGCGGGCGGCAAGCGACCGGUGACCAUCACCAGCGAGCCCUCCAACCACGCCAUGGUGUCGGAGGUGCCCCCGGAGCGCCCCGGAGGCCGGGCUUCGCGCUCCUCCCGCAAGGGCAUCGCCUUCGGGAAGCGCUCCAAUUCCAUGAAGAGGAACCCCAACGCCGCUGUCACCAAAAGCGGCUGGCUCUACAAGCAGGCCAGCUCGGGGGUGAAGCAGUGGAACAAGCGCUGGUUCGUGCUGGUGGAUCGCUGCCUCUUCUACUACAAAGAUGAGAAGGAGGAGAGCAUCCUGGGCAGCAUCCCCCUCCUCAGCUUCCGCGUGGCGGCCGUGCAGCCCUCCGACAACAUCAGCAGGAAGCACACGUUCAAGGUGACGGUGUGCUGGGUGGAGGAGAUGCCGGCGAGUAACAAGCAGUCCCUGUCUCCCCAGGCCGAGCACGCUGGCAUCCGGACGUACUUCUUCAGCGCCGAGAACACGGAGGAGCAGGAGUCCUGGAUCCAAGCCAUGGGCGAAGCCGCCCGGGUGCAGAUCCCCCCAACCCAGAGACACGAGAAGCCAGACUCUGAAAACAUCCCCCCCAGCAAGCACCACCAUCACCACCGCAAUGCCGCCCACCGCGAGCACCCCAAAGCUGACCCCGAUGCCAAGACCCGGGGGGAAGGCGACGGCCGUGGCUCGGAGAAGAUCGAGAGGAAGUCGGAGAGGACGGAGAGCAAGAAGGAGCCCUUGGCCAAAGCCAACGGCAUCACCGGGCAGGAGAUGCCCUCAGAGCCUGGCAGUCCUUACCCUGAGGCACCGCGGGUACCGGCGAGCGUGGAGCGGCCGCCCCAGCCCAACGGCUGGCCGUACUCAUCGCCCAGCCGCCCCGGCAGCACCGCGUACCCCCCGCCUGAUGGGGAGAGCGUGGCCCACCGCCGGGGCUUUGCCCCCCGCACCAACCCUGAGAAGAUUGCCCAGCGCAAGAGCUCCAUGACGCAGCUGCAGCAGUGGGUGAACUCGCGCCGGGGGACCAUGCCCCCCGAGGAGCUGCGGAGCCCCACCAGGUUUUACCCUGUGUCUCGCCGGGUGCCCGACUACUAUUCCCCCUACUCGCCCCAGUACCCCGAGGACUACCAGUACUACCCUCCCGGGGUGCGCCCCGACAGCAUCUGCUCCAUGCCCGCCUACGAGCGGGUGAGCCCGCCCUGGGCGCUGGAGGACAAGCGGCAUUCCUUCCGCAACGGGGGCACCUACCAGCUCCGCGACUGGAAGGAACACCCCGGGUUCGGCCGGCAAGACGUCCCGCUUUGGCUACCUGGUCCCGGGAGGCAGCCGACUUACUUGGACGAGGUGGAUGCCGCCUCGGGCUCCCUGCGACGGAUGUCACUGCAGCCCCGCUCCCGCUCCGUGCCCCGCUCGCCCAGCCAGGGCUCCUACAGCCGGGCGCGGGUGUACUCCCCGGUCCGCUCGCCCAGCGCCCGCUUUGAGCGGCUGCCGCCCCGGGGAGAAGAGAUUUACGCCGACCCCACCACCUUCGUGAUGAGGCGAUCCAUCAGUUCUCCAAAGUACGACUAUCUGGGUGACAGACGGCCCGUCCCUGCGGGACUGUAUCCGUACCACUACCCGGCAUCCCCCACCGUCCACGACAAAAUGAUGAGCGAGAGCGAAACCCUGAUCAGUAUGGUGAACAGGAUGGUGGAGACCUCCUCCCCUAGGGCUCAGCUCUACAUGCAAGUGACGCCCUUCCCGGAUGCCUACAGGGAGACGCUGCACGCCUACAAGAUAAGCGAGCAAGACACUGAUAAGCUGCUGGGGAAGCUCUGUGAGCAGAACAAGGUGCUGCGGGAGCAGGAGAGGCUGGUGCAGCAGCUCCGAGCAGAGAAGGAGAGCCUGGAGAGUGCCCUGAUGGGGACGCACCAGGAGCUGGAGAUGUUCGGGAGCCAGCCCGCCUACCCGGAGAAGCUGCUGCACAAGAAGGAAUCUCUCCAGAACCAGCUCAUCAACAUCCGCGUGGAACUGUCGCAGGCCAGCACGGCCUUGGCGAAUAGCACUGCUGAGUACGAGAGCCUGGAGAGCGAGGUGUCUGCCCUGCACGACGACCUCUGGGAGCAGCUGAACCUGGACCCCCAGAAUGAAAUGCUCAACCGGCAGAUCCAGAAGGAGAUCUGGCGGAUCCAGGACGUGAUGGAGGGGCUGAGGAAGAACAACCCAUCCCGUGGCACGGACACUGCCAAGCACAGAGUGGCCAUUGGCGCCUCAGGAACGUACAGCUCCAACAGCCCUGCCAGCCCCCUGAGCUCGGCCAGCCUCACCAGCCCCCUCAGCCCCUUCUCCCUCGUCUCCGGCUCCCAGGGCUCACCCACCAAGCCAGGACCCAGCGAGGAACCAGGCCCGCCUCGACCUCCCCUCCCCAAGUCCUACGUACCCCUGGAGUCUCCUCCGACCGUUCCUCCGCUCCCCGGCGAGAGCCGCCUCUGGCCGUACCCCACCUCCCCUUCCUGGCAGCAAGGCAGCGAGGUGAAGAGGGGACAGCCCAAGCUGAGCUUCGAGCAGAGCAAGAAAGAGGUGCAGCGACCGGCCCCCCCCGGGCCCGCGGCCGAGGGGCUCCCGCAGAGCCGGCAGGAGCAGGAGGCAGAGAAGCAAGCGGCUCUCAACAAGGUGGGCAUCGUGCCCCCCAGGACCAAGUCUCCGGCAGAGGAGGAGGUGGUGCCCACGGCCGGCGUGCCAAGGAGGAGCACCGGCGGCAUGGCCAACGGGCUUAGCUCCAAGGAGAGACCGAAGAGCGCCGUGUUCGCCAACGAAACCAAGGUGAAGAUGAGCGUGGAGGAGCAGAUCGACCGCAUGAAGCGCCACCAGAGCGGCUCGAUGAAGGAGAAACGGCGCAGCCUGCAGCUCCCCAGCAGCCAGCAGCCCGAGACCCCUGGCACGAAGGCACCCGCCUCCUACAAAGUGGUACGCCGGCACCGCAGCAUCCACGAGGUGGACAUCUCCGACCUGGAGGCAGCGCUGCGCUCUGACGACCCCGGCAAGGUCUACGAGACGCCCCAGGAGGAGAUCGCCCGGCUGCGCAAGAUGGAGCUGGAGCCGCAGCACUACAACGUGGACAUCAACAAGGAGCUCUCCACGCCAGACAAAGUCCUCAUCCCCGAGCGGUACGUUGAACUGGAGCCCGACACGCCGCUCAGCCCCGAGGAGAUGAAGGAGAAGCAGAAGAAGGUGGAAAGGAUCAAGACCCUCAUUGCCAAAUCCAGCCUGCAGAAUGUCAUCCCCCUGAGCGAGGGGGAGGUGGACGCCCCCCAGGACCCUGAGACCCAGCUGCAGGAGCAGGAGAAGAGGAUAGAGAUCUCUUGUGCGCUGGCUGCUGAGGCCUCCCGCCGGGGCCGCAUGCUCUCGGCUCAAUGCGCUACCCCAAGCCCUCCCACCUCCCCAGCCUCCCCGACUCCACCGACCAACCCCCUUUCGUCUGAAACAUCCCGGGUCGCCGACAACAGCCAUUUUAUGCGUGUCUGAGUCAUGAACUCAAGCCCUGGCUGCUGCCGGUGCCAUCAAGUUCCACGGGGCCACGUUUUAGCGCCCUGACACGACAUCGAACCUCUCGCCAUCGUUUUUGGUUCUCCCGGACCCCCUUCCCUCCCACCGAUGGCGAGACCACCCGGCA